AUGUCUUCAUUCUUUUCCGACAUCUUUGUUGCUUCUCCGGCGACGGGAUUCCAGUUGGAUGCUGCUGCUGGCUUCGGAACGGGUGAUGGUGCCUCACAGCCGCAGUCUCUCCUUGCCGGGUUGACACCUCUUGACCCCGGAGCUGGGCCAUCCGUGUCCUCGGAGUUAGGGAUUUCCCCAGAGAUGCAGGCGAAGCUAGUUCAUGACUUCUUCGACUUCGUCCAUUAUUCCAUGCCCUUAUUCCGGAAAGACGAGUUUCUCCAGCAGUACGAGGAUGGAAUGAUCAACCGUUCUAUUCUGCUUACUGUCCUUGCUGUCACAGCAAAGUCUCUCGGCCUACCGCAAGGUUCGCAGGUAGCCAAUAUCGAUGAUUGUCUGCAACAACUGUUAAAGAAUGACCCAUUGGACGGCCCGACCCAGCCGGCCCUGCUGCUAGACGCGUUCCGGCAAAGCUGCCUACUCGCGUUUUAUCGUUUCCAUCAGGGUCAUGGUGGGGAUGCAUGGGACUAUAUCAGUCGUGUCUCGCGCAAAGCUCUCCGAUUAGGACUACAUCAGCUAGAUUCCACUGAUCGGUACAGCUCAUUUGACGACAUCCUGACCACUCCCGCCAACCUGGAAGAAUGGAGAUACGUUUGGUGGUGUAUCUACUGCUUGGACUCGUACUCGAACAUUAUGGCAGCCACCCCCUUUGUCGUGGAAAAGGAGAGCAUACGGACUGCCUUGGUAGCUACUUCGUUGGAGGGCUUGAGCGAUAACCAAGAUGGCAGUCCUGUAGAACAAUUUCUGCCUACGGAUACUAGAGAUCUGUGGCGCAUCUCGGCGGAGAUGAGCGCCCGCAGUACCCCUGCCUCAUAUUUCAACAUGCAUAUUGUCACAACGACUCUCCUAAGAGAAGCGGCAGCUAUUUUUCGAUUACGGAGGCAGAGCCCCUCAGAAAGUCUUGAGCAGAGACGCUCUCAAUUGGGAGAUCACCUGUCGGCCGUGCUGCUUUCCCUGCCCCCACAGUUUCUCCGCGAAGCUCGCAACGCCUUUGCCAAUGAAUCCAGCGUAGACCAUCAUGCGCGGCUUGUCUGUCUACUUCAUCUUCACGCAGCACGGCUUUUGAACACAAUCACGUUUGAUCCCUCGGACGAUUCGGCGUGGAUGACAUCCUGGCAGCGAUCACUGGCCCACUCCGAGGACAUUGUGGCUGUCAUCAGAGAAUGGGACAGCCGGUACUGUUCGACUGUCGACCCAGCCAUUUGUCUGAUUGUAUUGUGUACCUUGAUUCUACUGUACCUACAUGAAAUGCACGAGGCCACGCCUGGAGUGCCUACACUUUCCGAUCGUCUCCAGGCAGAGAGGAACAUACUACUUUUGUUUUUGGAGCAGUUUGCCAGGAUAUGGGCACUUCCCAGGUCACUCAAAGGUGGGUCCAAAAUAGUUACUUUGAUUUCUACCGUGACAUGGCUUGAAGUCUGA